GAUACUUGGAGGGAUGCUCAUAUGAGAAAAUCGACAAAAUCUUUUGUCAAUGAGGCAGCUCAACAAGAUUAUGAAAAAAUGGCGGCUGAGGUUGAGAGGUCACAGAAUGAGAGGCAAAGUCAACAGCAGAGUGAGGCAUCUCUAAAUGUAUUUGGUGUUGAUUCGUCCCCGGUCGAUCAAUACGAGAUACUAAGUAAAGUACUCGGGGAGAGAUCUGACUACCAAAGAGGAGUGGGUUAUAGGGCGAAAGGGAAGGCAAAAAAGACAUCCUCUAGCUCUACAGAUCAAAGUCAGUCCCAAGCAAAUACUGCUGCUUCGCCUAAUGAAGAUAUGAGAGUUAUGGCUUUGCUGGUGAAGGCAAUUCGUGAGACAUUUGAGACUUCGACAACUGUGCAUCCCAGUAAACUAUAUAACCCAAUGUUUGACAGUUUUCUGCAGAGGCAUUUGCCACCACAAUCCGAAGGUGCUUCGUCUUCUCAGUCUCCGUCAUAG